AUGAGAAGCAUAGCUGAGACAGCCAGCAAAAAAACAGUGGACAGGAACCAAGCGCUGCGUCUGCUGGGAAAGAUGCCAAAAGGUGUUUUUACCUUCAUUCGUCUUUUUGUGCUCUUAUUUGGUUUCUCCACAAUAUGUCUGGGAGUCCUUUGUGUUUCCACAAGUUCCUCCACAUGCAGAUGUGGAAAUAAUGAGCUGGUGGUUUAUUGCCUAUUAGCUUUGGGGUUCUUUCUCCUUGUGACUGGCAUUUUCUGGAGCACUUUCCAUGAAGUCUUGAAAUACAGGGGCCACUGCAACAUCCUAACUCAGAAUUCCAGCUGUAGAGAGCUACGUGUCAGCACCAUAGACAGGCCUGACUUCUAUCCCCCCUCCUAUGAAGACAGCACAGAUCCUGAAAAACAGACCUCCCCACUGCCAGUUGCCUCCAUGUUAAAACAGCAAGAAGUCAUCAAUAUCCCUCUGCCUCCGUACAGUGAAAGCAGCGCAGAGUUUAUCAGUGAAAUUAAUGAGCAGGAGCGGCCACCACCUUAUGAAUUAUCUGUGUGGCAGCUACAGCAGCAGCAAACAGCUGAGCAAGACUCAAACCCUGGAAGGAAGGCAAAUUCUCAUCCAUCCACACAAGAAAACAGUUACCAACAGGAUACGGAGAGCCAGGGGACCUCAGAAAGAGCAAUGCCUGUCAGAAUAUCUGAGACAGGCAGUGGGUAAAAUCCUGCAUCUGUGAAGAGGGGAGAAUUGGAAGAUGUGUGUCAGUGAUCCCUAAUAGCACAUCACGUAGGGUGAAAUUGCCCAGGAGAACAUUGACCAUUUGUGUGUUUGAGUGGAGUUGGAGGGGAUAUAUAUACACAUAUGUAAAGGUACUCGGUAUUUCAAGGCAAAAUGAAUCUCCAUAGAGAUAGAAACGAUCAGAUGUAUCUUAUAAAAGUCAACAUCACUGUCAAUAGGAGUCUCUUAUGCUGCAAGACAAACUAAGCAUUAUGCUGUUAUCAAUCUCACGUCUUGUGCCUCAUAAGGAGGUUUGGCUGAAAGUCCUCAUUUGUGGUUUUGUAACACUAGCGGACUUGGGAAACCUAUUAACUCGGCUUUUGUUUGGAAUUUGUUGCAACUGAUUAUUUAUGUAUCAUGUGCCUUUCAAGGUAAUUUGUUUUAUUUUGGCAUACUAAUAGCUGGUAUUUUACUAUUAAAUUAAUG